AAAGAUACACUCAAAUCGUUUUUCCUUUCAAACCGCUGCGAGAUAAUCUCUCCAUGUAUUAAUCUUUCCGUCCCUCUUGUUAAUCUCUUUAAAUCCCACGCCUUAAAACUAUAAAGGAAAGACGCACACUUUCUCUCUUGUUGAUCUCUUUAAAUCCCACCAGUUAAAAAGUAGAACUCCCUCUCUCACUCAGAUCGCGUGUUUGCGUUGGUUUUCUGGUGGCCUAAUCUUUCCCUUCUUUCAGAGAUUUUGUUGAUUGAGGUUUGCGGAGAGGUUUGCGUUGGUUUUCUGGUGGCCUAAUCUUUCCCUUUUUUCAGAGAUUUUGUUGAUUGAGGUUUGUGAAGAGGAUUAAUGGCUCGUACGAAGCAAACAGCUCGUAAAUCAACAGGAGGAAAGGCUCCAAGGAAGCAGCUCGCAACCAAGGCUGCAAGGAAGUCCGCUCCAACAACAGGUGGUGUCAAGAAGCCUCAUCGUUUUCGCCCUGGGACUGUCGCUCUUAGGGAAAUUCGAAAGUAUCAGAAGAGCACUGAGCUCCUUAUUCGCAAACUCCCUUUCCAGAGGCUUGUUCGUGAGAUAGCCCAGGACUUCAAGACUGAUCUUCGUUUCCAGAGUCAUGCGGUUCUCGCUCUCCAAGAAGCUGCUGAGGCUUAUUUGGUUGGCCUCUUUGAGGAUACCAACCUUUGCGCCAUUCAUGCCAAGAGGGUAACCAUCAUGCCCAAGGAUAUGCAGCUUGCUAGGCGUAUUCGUGGGGAGCGGGCUUAACUUAUCUCCUCUCUAAUUUCACUCCUCACUCUUAGUUUUUUAUUUUUUAUUUUUUAUUUUGGAUUUGGACCUUUAGGCAAUGGACCUUUUGGGGUUUAAGAUUAGGUUGGAUUGAAAGGAUAGGCCCUGCUCUUGGUGGUUUUGUAAUUGAUGGUCAUGCCUUCUAACCAAACUCUGUGGAAGCACAAGCAUUUACAUGUGGUAAUUGGUUUCUCUUUCUGAUUUAGACUGUGGACGAGCCUAUAUGUGGUAAAUCUUUCUUUUUUUUGGAUUCGGAGAUGUAAUAUUUUCUCGUGCUCUUACGGUUUCUUUGGAUGUGUU